CGUCGAUCGUUAGACUUAAAGUGAUUUGGACCUUGACAUUUAUAUCAUAUUUCUGGAUUUCUCUGAGUUAACGAGGCGAUUUCUCAAUGAUGGACGAAUUAUUUGAAUAUACAGGUGCCAACUCGUUGGAUUGUAUUAGUGAUUAGUUAAACGACGCCUAAUUGGGAAACCUGCUCGAAAACAUGUGGAAGAACUUUCGUAUACUUUUAAAGGCGCUAUUUAUGACUGUACCUAUACUUUUUCUCAUCUUCAUACUUGCGAACCUCGUUCUUAAUUUUGGUCAACAAUCAAAACCUGAAACAUCAAUAGACAAAAAAACUAAUGCGAGAGUGUACACUGCUAAUAGUACUGUUGAUUCAAUGGUUUAUCAGGUAGUGUCACUAAAUUAUACUGAGUCAGUUGUAAAAAACAAUACUAUGAAAGUUCUAUCAAAAAACAAUUCUGCCAAACUUCAUGUUAAAAACAAUACUACAACAGUUGUAGCUACAAACAAUACCACAAACAGUACUCAAAUUUACGAAUAUUUAUUUUCUUACCUUCAUGUUCCAGUUCAAGUGUGUUCAUCAAAUGGUAAUACAUCUGAUCCCUUCUUGUUAUUUGUGGUCAAAUCUGAUGUUUACAACAUGGCCAACCGAAUGGCUAUACGAAAUACUUGGGGAGCUUUUUCAAAUCCAGGCAUAAAACUGGUUUUUCUCCUUGGAUAUUUACCAGUGAUGAAACCAUUUAUACAGAAAGAAAGUAACAUGUAUAAAGACAUUAUUCAACUGAAUUUUAUAGACAAUUACCAUAAUAAUACUAUAAAAACAAUAAUGGGAUUUAAAUGGGUUGCCUCCCAUUGCAGCGGUGCAAAGUAUAUCUUCUUUGUAGAUGACGACUACAUUGUCAAUACCAAAUACAUUUGGGAUCAUUUGCAAAGUUUGUAUGUUGCUGAAAAGCGCAGUUUGUUCUUGGGAUUCGUCUGGAAAGGUGCAAGACCUAAAAGGAAUACUAAAUCAAAAUGGUACAUCUCACGAGAUGAUUUUAAGGAUAAUGUUUGGCCACCAUACGCCAGUGGUGGUUCCUUAGUACUGACCGUUGAUAUCAUUAAUAAACUAAUGACUCAGUUCAAAGUUAUAAAGCCAAUGUUUAUAGAUGACGUAUACCUGGGUAUUGCAUGUAGAAAUUUAAACAUUUCUCUAAUUCAUGAAUCAAGAUUUAGUGUACGUUAUCGACCAGAUAAAAUGGACCAUUUAUUUUCAUCACAUGGAUUCAGAUCUCCAAUGAAAUUAGUUGAAGAUUGGAAAAAGUUCCAAAUUAAAUAUGAUAUGUUAAUAUAGUGUCAACUAUCUGUUUGGAUGCUGACUUUAAUAAAAUGUUAUGUAAAAU